GUUGCUCCAGAUUGAAUUAAAUUCUCUUCUGGCUUUCAAGCUAUGAAAAAACUCAACAAAUUCUAAUAAUCUACAUUUUUGAGCGCAACAUCUAACUUUUUUAUAACCUGCAGCUGCGUUGGUAGUCUUCGAACAAAAAUUAGCCCAAGCGGCAUUACUAUCGAUCGCGCUUCGGAGGCCUAAUAGCAUGUGCCAUUUGACACUCAGAAGUCCGUAACACAACCAUGCUUCAUCGAGUUUUAUAUGUCAUAAUUAAUUUCCUCCUGAUAUUUCUUUUUGUCAACACUGAGGGUAUUGUAAAAAAGAGUGAAAAGCGUCCUAAUAGCGAUUUACAAACAUGCUAUGACGGUUUCGUUAUUCACAAGGACAAAAUUAUCAGAACACAGGAUUCUCAGCAAAUGGGGGCCAAAUAUCUGACCGAGAUUGACGUAAAUUCGGAAAGCGAUUGUAUACGAUUUUGUUGUGUGACUGAUCAGUGUGACGUUUUUGUUUUUGAGGAAAAAAAACCGGGAAGUUGUUAUCUUUUUCACUGUGGCCCUCCGCAGGAUUUUAAGUGCAAAUUCACGGAUCAUGCUAAUUAUAGUAGCGCAGUUCUUACGAACUAUAAACAACAGACAGCUUUGCAGUUGGAAGAACAGAUUCGAAAAACUCAGGAGCAUGAGCUUAAAUCGCUGAGAAAGCACGUUGAUCCAGGAGUGCAGGAGUAUUCGUAUAACGAAUCACCUCCGGGGGCUGUUACUCAAGUGACAAAAGCUCCAGUUGUUACGACUCCAGCACCUGUUAAAACAGUCUGCAGUAGAAAUCAGUUUGAAUGUCGAACAACAGGAGAUUGCAUCGCAAUAUACAAUGUCUGUGAUGGAAUACCACAAUGCUCGGAUGGUUCAGAUGAAGCUGGAGAGCUUCAUUGCCCUACGGAAAAACCAUUCCCAGCCUCUCCUCCAGUAUCAGUGCAAAAACCAGUGCUACCCUCUCUUCCUGACGUCUUGAGGUAUCAACAAAUGCUUCAGCAUCACAAAUCCUAUGCACCACUUUAUGGACAUGUGCAAGAAAGCAAUCCUAAAUCCUGGCAAACCUCCGGAUCUGCACAUCAAGUCUUGCCUCCACAACAGAAUCUUCCAUAUCCAGUUGACGCAGAAAUUGUACCUCAGACUCAGUCUCACGCAAGUUAUGGGUCACAGGGUUAUCCCUGGAAUUAUCAGCCCUACUAUGAGCAAAAUAAAGAGGGCUACAAUGUUUACAAUUACCCUCUUCACGAACAGAAUAAUGUUCCUGUUUACGAACAACAACCACAUAUUUUUAAUCACAAGAGGCCUGGAGUUAUAGAAGAAACUGCACCAGAUGGAAAUGUCGAUCAGAGUAGAUCCUUCGUACCCUAUUAUCAACAACCAAAUCAUGAAACCUGGCCAGAAAAGCAACCUCAGACUCAUCCGUCAGUUGCUCCUGUUGAAAAUCAUGUUGAACCAGAAGUUGUUCCUCAAAGUAUAAAAACGACAUCCACGCCUCAACCUUGUAAAACCCCAAAAAAGAACGCGAAUCUUACCAUGAAAAAUAACAGUAACGAGGCAAACGAGUCUAAGAAUAAAAAAAUUAUUGAAGUGGAACACAAGGAUGAAAGCACACAAAAUACGAAACCCGUUGCGAAAGGGCACGCUAGUGUAAAAAUUAUUGAAGUUAUGAAGGACGAAGAUCCUCAGGUAGAUCACAAUAUUUUAGAAGAUCAUUUAAAAGAAGCCAAAAAGGAGACCUUGGUCGCUCAGCAUUUUCGUUUUAAUAGUAACGUGAACGAGAAUUUGAGACCCAAAGGUGCAGUAAUUUCACUGGCACUAGGAUUAUCAGUAUCUGCAGUGAUGGGAAUUUUAAUAGCAUGCAGAUUACGUGUGGUGAGGCGAAGAGGUCGUCGAGGGCACGAGCCCUAUGCGCACGACGCCGAUUAUUUAGUUAAUGGAAUGUAUCUCUAAAUAAAUGUUAAAUUCGUAAGUAUUUUCUUACAUGCCAGUGCAAUAAUUCAGGGUGUCUACCCUACCUGAAAAAUCUGGCAAACUUGAAAUUAGCAGGGAAUUUUCAUAUACCUGGAAAAACCUGGAAAUGCCAGUGAAUUUUUUUUAAGCCAGAAAAUUUUUUCGAGAGUGUGCUUAAUUUUUUUCUAAAUUGCAACAUAAAAAUUAAUGAAAUUGAUUCUCUGCUUUUAAAUUAGCCCUUAUAAUACUGUAAUUAAAUACUUUUCUGACAAUUUUUGGGUAAAAAUUGAUCGUUUUUAGUUGAAAAUUCAAGUAUCUGGUUGACAAUUCAUGUAUUUUGUUGAAAACCCAAUCGGUUUUUUGUAAUUCUCACUCUCUUAAGUGGAAAGUCUUUUUUAGAUGAUAAUUCAGCUGAUGUUGAAAAGUCCAACCGUUUUUUAUUACAAAUUUUAUCUUUUUUUUAAAUAUCCACUAGAAAUCAUUUCGUUCAGAAUU